AUGGAGGAGUUUGAGACGGCGGCGGCGGAGGCGCUGGAGGAGGCGGCGCGCGCGGGCGAAGCCGCGCUCGAUGCCGCGAUCGAGGAGUUCGUUCGAGAGCGCGAAGAGUUGGAAAUGACGAUCAUCGCGCUCGAGCGCGAGAUGGAGGAGCGACGUGCGAGGGCGGUGCGGGAGAUGGACGCCGUUCGGGACGAGUGCGAGGCGAAGCGCGCGAAGGACGCCAAGCAAACGAAAAAGCUCAAAGCGGCGGCGGCGAUCGCGGAGGAGAUCAUGCGGGUGAAAGAUACGAUCGCUAAAGAUUGCACCAGGCUUCGCGAGGAGAAGCGCGCGCUCGAAAAGGAAAACAAAAAGUUGUGGCGUCGCGUCGAGGAACUCGAACGCGACGCGUAG